UGUGGUCAUUUCGCUGUUGCGGUUUUACGAGUUUGUAUAUUGCCGACGUGUGGUGGUUAGCGUUUCACGUUUGUCUUGGGAAAGAGUUUCUUCUUCCUUCACGCACCGCUAACUAAACACGACACCAACGUUUCCACCAUUAGUGUCUGUUACAAAGAGGAGCGAAGGAGGCAAGGUGCGUCAUCAGGUGAUAUGACUCGUGAUACUGGGUGCCUCUACACGGUGUGAACUAGAGUUGCAGUGGUACGGCACGAAUUGCUCUAGUUUGUCUUGACUUUCAAUGUGAACUUGAAGCAGUGGUGUCACAUGAAUUACUAUAAUUGUCUGGAAGGGCCACGUGAACCAUACAACAAGGGUAAUUAUUUGACCGCAGAUAGAUACCCCUAUCUUUGCAGAUAAUUUGAAACUGAUUUGGACGCGCCAUUUCUUCUAAACGAUAACUUUUCAAGUUUAUUUUACAAACGUGAGUUAAAAUAGCCAUACUGCAAAACUGAUUUUCUUGAAGGUGAUGUUCUAGCUGAAGUCCUGUGACAUCAGUGAACGAGAGCCUAGCCCUGCCUGCUACCAAAUCUGCACUUUCAGCUAUCAACAUAAUUGAUGUAAAUCUUUGUACACAUGCAGGGCGUUCAUACACCAGCCCACGGGCUUUUCAACACCAAUUAAAGAAUUUAUCCACAGUAGAGGUGCUGGAUACGCAAAUCGCCGCUGAUAUCAGCUGCAACAGCACUGCAUGUUCACUUUUAAUUAUACGCACUAUAUAUAAUCUGCCACGGCCAGACUGUCAUCUUUGCGUAUAGGGCCUCUACGUGUGUGUGGCUAGCUUCCCAAUGAGAAACUUACCGUCUACCUGAGAUAGCAGUUUGAGUUGAUGAACGAUGUCGUUAAACGUCAGGAUGCUUGCUCGUGCUGGAAUUAUAACAUUUUUGGUCCUACUUUUACAAGUUGUCGGUGGCAAAACCGAAGAACGACGAAAAUAUGUAAAAGAUUCUACCGAAGUUGGUCACCAUGAGCGCCAGCUAGUGAGCAGACUACUGAACAACGAGCUGUUCCCCCACCGUGAACUGACCCUGCCGGCAGACCGUGAGGACGGGGCUCUCGUAGUGCAAAUCAGCUGCAUACUCCAGCAGAUUAUGAACGUGAAUGAAAAGGAUCAGAUACUGGUCAUAAACGCCUGGCUGAAAUAUGAAUGGAAUGACACUACUCUUGCCUGGAACGAAUCUGACUACGGAGGUAUCAAGAACAUUCGUCUCCCACCCUCUAAAAUAUGGACACCGGAUGUUCUUCUCUACAACAGUGCCGACGAUGGUUUUGACGCAACCUAUCACACCAACGUUGUGAUAGAAUCCACGGGUAGCUGCCUCUGGAUACCACCAGGCAUCUUAAGAACCACGUGCCGUAUAGACGUGGAAUACUUCCCGUUUGAUGAGCAGACAUGUACUCUGAAGCUGAGCUCAUGGACGUAUGACGGGAAUGCAAUGGACCUGAUUGUAAAGAGCGAGAAUAAUGAAUACACUUCGAGUAUGUCAGAAAAUGGCGAAUGGGAAAUGCUAGGAAUGUGGGCCACGAGGCGGGUGGACCCUUUUGAAGGUACCUUUUAUCCCACGGUGACCUUUCACCUUCAUAUCAGGAGACGUUCUCUAUACUACUUCGUCAAUGUUCUCAUCCCGUGUGUGCUCAUCUCCAUGCUGACCGUCUUAAGCUUCAGCCUCCCUCCAGAGAGUGGAGAGAAAUUGUCUUUCGGUGUAACAAUUCUAUUGUCUUUGACGGUGUUUAUGAUGAUUGUAGCUGCAUCUAUGCCAGAAACGUCUUUCGUGAUUCCGCUUAUCGCUAAAUACUUUACGUGUGUGCUGGUAUUGGUGGCGCUCUCCGUAGUUUGCACUGUCGUCAGCUUGAACUUGCACUUCCGCAAUCCAGACACACACGUCAUGCAUGGAUGGCUAAGGUGCAUUCUGCUGGAAUAUCUACCAUGGUUGCUGCGCAUGAGCCGUCCAGGUCGUAAAAUGUGCGCACCUUGUUUGCCUCAACACGUGACCGGCAAACCCCAAAAGGACAUUGAACUCAUGGAGCGGUCCCCAUUGCGCAAUCGCGGCUCUGGCCUAAGCCACCAAGCGACCAGGAACGGUCUCCGGACGGGUAACAGCCAAGGGUACCUUAACUCCACUGACGUCAUCGGGGUGAAAUAUGCCAACUACGCCGGGGAUGGAGAAGGGGAGCCCAUGCUGUCCCAGGACCACAAGGACUGCAGAUGCAGCAAUAGAGGCGCCAUCUUGGAAGAGCUGAGGUUCCUUACGAAUAGAUACCGGAAGAAGGAAUCAGAGAACGAGGUUGUGUCUGAUUGGAAGUUUGCUGCAAUGGUGGUGGACCGUCUCUGCCUAGUAGUCUUCAGCAUAGCUACACUCGUCGUCACCUUUGUUUUAUUUGGUACUGCCCCGAACUUUGGUAAAUGAAAGGGGGAGAACAUGGGUCUUUCGUAACAAUGAUAAAAGAGGAUUUGUCUUUCAAUGCAAGACGUAUGUCUUGUCAAAGUGCAUGACCCGGUGAAGGUAUAGCUGUGAUAUUCCAUUUAGUUGGAUAGAGCUUCGUGAAUAAAUUACAUAACACCAUGCUGUGCGUGCUAAAAUGCAACAAAAGAGGUUUUUUGAAUGUGAACAGAUAAUGUUUGUAAAAAUGACUACACAUUACACUCUAUUUGUAGUAUCGAAUGUUAAUGGUACCAUAAUGUAUCUCUUUCUGUAAAGGUGCUACUGAGUCCUGUUUGUGAGCAACUUUUAAAAACGAGUUUUCGAUUUCAGGAAUGCAUUUUCAUUGAAUGAUUGCGUAAUAAAAUAUGUUUACUGGUCAAUUAAUUUGUAAAUGGCUGUUGAUAGUGACAAUUUGCGUUAUAAUCAGCGAUGGGAGAAAGUAAAUGAUUGGAAGAUUGAUAAUUGAUAAUCGACAAUGGAUAACAUAUUUAAUGAAGUGUUAAAUGCAUGGAUCUGAGUGGUGUUGAUUUACAUUAUAAAGACAGAAGUAACAAGGGUUUAAAAAGAGUGAUGUGACUUUUCAAGACAUUUUCCCUGCAAGUUUUGUAAGUGACUGCUUACCUUAAAAAGGGAUACAAUGUUUGACAUGAGUGUUAGAAAUGAAUUACAGUAACAUAUGAAUGUUUCGAUACUAUAUAAUACUAUUAUGUUGAAUUCCUGAUAUUAAAUUUUGAGAAUUUAAGGAGCUAAGACUACAAAUAGCCACGUGGGAAGUUUUUCAUUGCUGUGAUAUUAAGUAAACUUUUUAUUGUAUUUUUAAGAGUAAAAUUGGUUGUGAAAAGUUUGAUAACUAAAUCACCUUCAAGGUUGUGUAUAAUAUUGGUAAAGGUAAACAUGUAAAUGUUUCAAGAUUUGCACACAUCUUACACGGUCUCUUAGUCCAAAAAUUUAUGUUUGAAAACAGUGAAAAUAUUUGUCCCUACUUUUUUUCUCAUGACUCAAAUGACCGAUUGAAAGGGUUGGAAAGGUUUGGUUGUUUCAUGUUUUGGUCACACAUCACAUCAAGUGUGGAAACUGGUCUUUGGCAAUAACCUGGAAUCCAAACAUGCAGAGAUCAUGUAAUAACCUGGAAUCCAAACAUGCAGAGCUCAAAUCUAAAGCACACACUCAAUAUGCUGUUGCACAAAUAAAUCAUCCCGAGCCAUUAACGUUUACUGCAAAGUGUCUUAAUCCCCUAAAGAACGAUUCCCAUUAAACAAAAGGGGGUACACAGUUUUCAGGAAUGAAUGUCGGUGAUGCAUGACCAGGGAACGCAGACACUUAGUAAUAUCAAUGGAAAGUUUAUUACACAUAAUCUAUGAUAAAACCAUAAAAACUGUCAUUAUGCAGAUAGAAUGGUAAUUUUCCCUACGUUGUGGCUUACCUUUUUUUCGGUAAGCCUGCACAUGUAGUAUGUAUGUUCUAUUUAGAACAACGUCUUCCCUUAAAGUCACCUGGAAGUGGUAUUUUUUCAAAAUAAAGCUUUUGUCACUAAUAUAUGUGUUUUGAUGAGUGG